AUUACUUUAGCUACUACACAAAAUGACGAUGCAAACGGAGAAAUUCAUUGACCAUUUUUGGGGGUCGGAAUUUAACAGCACAACUGGUUUUGACAGACUAACACAGAAAAUGAAGCAGAGUAAACUGUCAGUCACUGAUUAUAUAGAGUUUGUCAAGAAAAGGUCUCAAAUUGAGUUGCGAUAUGGACAAGAAAUGUGCAAGCUUGCAAAUAGUGUUCUGGGAAAGGGUGAAGUAGGAACAUUGCACAGCAGCCUAGAGAUUUUUCAAAAAGAAACGGACGAGAUAGGGAAACUAGCAAUACAAUGCAGCAAGCUGUUAACUGAGAACAUACAACAAGCUUUAACUGAGUUCAGAGAUAAUCAGAGGGAAACUAGACGACCUUACGAAGACAAUGUUAAGAAAUCAAUACGAAAUAAGAAGACUUGUCACGACCAGAUGCAGAGGUGCAAGCAAGCUUACGAGCGUGCAUGUUUAGAGGCAGAUAAGAGUUCGGAGAUCCUUCAACAAAACAUGACACAGCCCCAACGCAAGGUGGACCAAUUGAAAGCUAAGAUGAAGAGUUCUAGGCUAGCUGCUGAAACUGCAAAUAAAGAGUAUGAGGAAUCAGUGAAGACUCUGGAGGUCGCUCGCCAGAAUUGGGAAAAUGACUACUCCCUCUAUACUAAGAAGAUGCAGUCUCUGGAGGAGGAUAGAAUUCAGAAGUUAAGGAACAGUUUGUGGAAUUACACAAACAUCUGCUCACAAACACUUGUUGACAAUGACAACCGUCUUGAGGAGGUUAGGAAAUCUCUGGAACACUGUGAUCUGAGACAUGACCUUAAUUUGUACAUAAAACAAAACAAAACUGGGACUAACCGACCGGAGGCGAUAGAAUAUGAAAACUACUAUAACUCCAACGUUCGUAUUGAUGAUGAGGUCAAGAAAAACAGCCUCCCCAAAGGUCCUGCGCUGAACUACGAACGUGUAGUAGCGAUGUACGAGUAUAAAGCCCAGGGACCUGAAGAGCUGGAGCUUGCUCCAGGGGACUUGCUGGUAGUCGUACAGAAAGUGGAUGAUAUGUGGUGGUACGGAAAGCACAAGAACGGAAAUGUCGGAGUAUUUCCUGUUUCCUACGUCCGUGAGAUCCCCAUGUCAUAACAGCUCUGUUUAGAUUUCAAGUAGACUAAAACGAUUUCCAGACAUCAAGGCCCUGAGGGGCUAAAUUUAUGAUAUACUGAUUUUGUACAUUUAAAAUGGAAUCAGAGAUAUUACCGAACCAUAAGAUAAAUUCGAUAAUCGACUUUAACUCGCUUUGCUAUCAUUUAAAAAUAUUUCAUUGGAUUUUACCUAGUAUGUAUCAAAUGUGUACAUUAGUGAGAAGCUGUAUAUCGAAUAUCAGUUAUAAUGUAGUGUUGAUAAUUUGAGCAGCUCUUGCUAGUUUUGAGCCUCAAUAUAUGAGUAUCUCCGCGCGUCACGUACGCACUGUCUGUUUAAGACGCCGAUUACUUUAUCAUUUGCAGCUACGUUUAAUAUAAUUCAUCUUCAAACUAGUUCCUUUAUGGGGAAUUCCGCUUUCGUCAUAACUGCAGUACUUCUUCUGUUUUUCGGAGAUUGACCUUAUUAUUUAUAAGUACAUUACGAGUAUUAAAGUGUAUUCAGUAACCAGUUGACGCUUGUGUAAAGCAUGUACGGAACAUAAAGUUUUCUAGCAUAUAAUUCGCUAUAUUACUAUUAAUGCUUUUCAAACAAAGUUACAAUGAAUUCUUCAUGUAGUGCAUUACUAUGUUGAGUACGGAAGUUACGUGUUUUUUAUACGAAAGUUACGUUAUUUUAAGACUUAACUUAGCAGUGAACUUACUUACCUUAUGUAAUCAAUUUAAAUUGUUUGAGCAUGGCAUGAAAUAUGAUCAUUUUGAGAGUAAUUCUGCGCUAAUGCAUAAAUGUCAAUCGAUUUUCAUUUUAAAUGAUCUGAUAACAAUUAUGAUUCGUUAAAUUUGUUAAAUGCUAAUGUUGAAAUAAUUUUAAUCUUAUAA